GAAAACAAAUGGAGCUCACCUGGCCCCUCCUCGCUGCUCUCCUCCUUCCCCUCUCCUUCAUCCUGCUGCACUCCCACGCCAAGACCGGCGGCAAGGACGGCCGCCGCCGCCUGCCGCCGGGGCCCGCCGUCGUGCCCGUGCUCGGGAACCUGCUGUGGGUGAGGCACCACGGGAUCGACGUCCUGCGCGCCAUCCGCCGCCUCCACGCGCGCCACGGCCCGCUGCUGGCGCUCCGCAUGGGGUCCCGCCUCGAGGUCACCGUCUCCGACCGCCGCCUCGCGCACGCCGCGCUCGUCGAGCGCGGCGCGGCGCUGGCCGACCGCCCGGGGUUCGCGUCCAGGGACCUCCUGGGCCUCAACGCCGCCACCAUCUCCACCUCCAGCUACGGCCCGCUGUGGCGCCUGUUCCGGCGCAACUUCGUCGCCGAGGUGGCGAGCCCGGCGCGGCUCCGGCUGUUCGCGCCGGCGCGGGCGGCGGUGCUCGCCGAGCUCACGGACAAGCUGCGGCUCAGGAACGGAAUCGGCGGCGGCGGCCAAGAAGGCACCAUCGUGGAGACGUUCCAGUACGCCAUGUUCCGCCUCCUCGUGGCCAUGUGCUUCGGCGAGCAGCUCGGCGAGCGCGCCGUGCGCGACAUCGCCGCCGCGCAGCGCGACCUGCUGCUCUACUCUUCCACCAAGCUCAUGGUCUUCGCCUUCCUGCCCGCCGUCACCACGCGCCUCUUCCGCGGCCGCCUGCGGGCCAUGCUCGCCAUGCGCAAGCGGCUCAAGGACAUGUACAAGCCGCUGAUCGGCGCGCGCAGGGAGCUCGUCGGAGCAGCCGCGCCCGAGCCGCAGCAAGACGACGAGGCGACAACGACGACGCUGCCGCACUGUUACGUCGACACGCUGCUGGAAAUCUGGCUUAACGACGGCGACGGCAGCGAGCGCGCGCUAACCGACGACGAGAUGGUCGCGCUGUGCUCGGAGUUCCUCAACGGCGGCACGGACACCACGUCGACGGCGCUGCAGUGGAUCAUGGCGGAGCUCGUCAAGAACCCGGCCAUCCAGGGCAAGCUCCACGACGACGUCAAGUCCACCAUGGCCUCCACCGGCUCGGACCAUAUCGCCGAGGAGGACGUGCAAAAGAUGCCGUACCUGAGGGCGGUGGUGCUGGAAGGCCUCCGGCGCCACCCACCGGGGCACAUGGUGCUUCCGCACGCGCCGGCGGAGGACAUGGAGAUGGGCGGGUACGUGAUCCCCAGGGGCACCACGGUGAACUUCCUGGUGGCGGACAUGGGCAUGGACGAGCGCGCGUGGGAGCGGCCGGCGGAGUUCGCGCCGGAGCGGUUCAUGCCGGGCGGCGACGGCGAGGGCGUGGACAUCACGGGCACGCGGGAGAUCAGGAUGAUGCCGUUCGGAGCCGGGCGGAGGAUCUGCCCCGGGCUCAACGUCGCCACGCUCCACCUCGAGUACUUCGUGGCCAACCUGGUGCGCGCGUUCGAGUGGCGGGAGCAGGAGGGAGAGGAGGUGGAUGUUGACGGCGAGAAGGCCGAGUUCACCAUCGUCAUGGCCAAACCGCUCCAGGCGCGCAUCGUGCCCAGAGGACAUUCUUGAGACUCUUACGUGCGUGCUUCAUUAUACCGAGUCAGUUACUUGUAGUACUAGCUGUAAUUGGUUGCUUUGUGUCUGUGAUUUGUGAAUUAGUGGAUAAUAACGCCAUGUUGUUGCUAGUGGAAUUUUUUUUAUAGA